UACGGUACGCGCGGCAACUCGCGCUCGCGGCAUUCGGUUAUUCGAACGACACACUGCUACAAGAAGCAACAGUAUGUCCACGAAGAAGAUUGUUUCCCUGCUGCCGGUUGCCGACCUGCCGCACUAUUGAACUUCGUCGCGCGUACAUGCGUGCGUACGUAUGGCGUAUGGCUUACCUUAUGGCAUGGCAUCGCGGAACGUCGCACUGUGCAUUUUCGUCGCCGCUUCUCUCUACGUCAGUCUCGGUCAAACGCCACCCAAGUCCGAGGUCCUGCCCGAAUUUCUGGCACUCUUGGAAAACCACACGGUCACUCAAGGUCGCGACGUCUCCUUCACCUGCGUCGUUAAUCAUCUUCAGUCUUACAAGGUCGCCUGGAUAAAGUCGGAUUCGCGGGCGAUUUUGGCCAUUCACACGCACAUGGUGGCACACAACCCGCGUCUGUCCGUCACUCACAACGGCCAUAACACAUGGAAGCUGCACGUGAGUAACGUGCAACCGAACGACUCCGGCACGUACAUGUGUCAGGUUAAUACGGAUCCUAUGAGGAGCCAGACCGGACACAUGAAAGUUGUAACACCUCCGGACAUUAUGGAUCUGGACGACACGGCUGAUCUUCUCACGACCAAGGAGACCGGCGACGUGCAACUGCGAUGUCGAGCUACAGGUAAUCCGGAACCUGUGGUAAUCUGGCGACGAGAAGACGGCCGAAACAUCACUCUGAGAAGCGAGCACGACACGAAGAAAAUUAAAACAACGCGAACGUUCGAGGGCGAACAGCUUCAUCUGAAAAACGUUCUGCGACAAGAGAUGGGAUCUUAUCUCUGCAUCGCGUCAAACGGAGUGCCACCGUCGGUCAGCAAAAGAUAUUACGUCAAUGUUCAUUUUGCACCGCUGAUUAAAAUCUCGAACCAAUUAGUAGCGGCGCCCGUCGACAGCGACGUUCUUCUUCAAUGCUACGUGGAGUCCUCGCCGAAGUCUCUGAACACGUGGUAUAGAAAUAAUGGAAUCAAAAUAUUAGAGGACGAGAAACACAACAUAUCGGAAGUAACCAUCAACGAUUAUACAUAUCAACUGAAACUCACUGUCAGACAACUCGAUCGGUCCGAUUUCGGUAGCUACACGUGUGUAGCUGAAAAUGCUUUCGGAAAAAUGGAAGGUUCCAUUAGACUACAAGAACUGCACUUACCGAAACCGACGAAAGUUUCCGUAACGUCCGUACGCAAUACCGAAAUCAUCGAGAAGCACAUUUUGCACAAAGAAAUGGGAAGGAAGGGAAAAAAGUACUCGCACGUGGUCGACGAAGCAGAGCCGGAACUGAUUCCGAAGAACGUGGACUACACCACGCCGAUGUCCAGAAGAAACGCGUCGAACUUCUCGCCGAACACGGCGAACAAACCGAGAGUGUCUGAGUUUCCGGCGCCGGUACCGGCGCAUUCGGCACCGACACAAUUGGGUGCUCAAAACGGCGUUCGAUCAGUGUCCGAUCGGCAAUUUUGUUACAUUGGACUCGUCGUAAUAAUUAUCGCGGUAAUCUUUCGCACCUAAACUUGCGAGGGGAAAAAAAAAUUCUUUAUGAAAUAUAACGUUUAAUCUCAACGAGAAACUGUUUGUCAUGAUUUGGUUUGAUUGAUAUUUACGAAACGAGAGAGUAUGACCGGUACUCGAUAUUGUCAUUUUUCACAGUAUCUUCGUUCAGAGAUACAUAUAUCAUAGAAAAAACGCAAUAUUCGUCGAGAACAUCGAUACACUUCGCUGUAAAUAACGAGAACAUUUUUAUGACAAUAAAUGUAGUUAUAUACGUAUACUCAAGACAAAUAGAUAGUCACGCUGUUAAAAAUGCACGCUUGUGAUUGCCAUUAUAUAUUUAUCUAGAAUACGUUUACAUACAAGAAAGUUGUUAGAAUUAAGUUUUUCAUUGUCGGACACGUAAAGCGAUGCGAGAAAUUUGCUCUCUGUUUGUCGAAAACGUCAGCUUGUAACUUUUUUAAUAAUAACAACGUACAACAUUCUCGAGAAGAGAAUUGUUCCGAUGUUUUCGCAUAAUUAUCGCGCGUUUAAAUGAUAAUAGUAGAUGUACGUACAUCAAUAGAGAGUAAAAUACAGAGAGAAAGGUCUCUCUAUGAGGAAGAGAUAUGUAAUUGGAGUUUUGUCGAGGUCUGUACAAAACUGACUGAAAUGGAUUCGUUUCGUUUUUAGGAACAGUAUUUAUCUCUAAUGAGA